CUUUCAUUUUGUCAAGGUUAGGGAUGGGUGGAGUGGGGCUGGGUACAAAAUAGCGUCUGUUUGCUCGAGGAACCUUGGGCGAUUUUGUGGUCGUGGCAUAAAUUCCGCCCAUCCUCCUUCACAGCGUGCAAGUGCUGCUACGGUCGGAGUUUUGAUGUUAUACUUGGAGUUCUCGACAGUGUUGUAAACCGUGCUCCAGGAAUGACGUUGGCAUUGAGGCCUGAUGGUGUAUUUUGAAGCACGACCAAAGACCAUACCAAUUGGUCCAAAAAAAACUCCCGCCCGCGCCUUGCAUUUUUUUUUUGUUUUACAGGGUGCACGGACACUGUGCAACAAUCUCCUCCCCGAGGGCGCUCAGCGAGAGGACGACGGGACCGGAGAGGGUAUUGUCUGCACAGGCGGUGCCGACCGCCGGGCUGCCGCCAAGCGGGAGGGCGCCAGGCUCAACGAGCAGAACAUGCGGGGAAAAAAGCCAAAGAAUAAGGGGGUGGGGCAAAGCGUGGCAGAGGCUACGUCCGCUGCCAUGAAAACCGCACUCAAAGAUAUUGAGCCACUGCUGGAAAAGGUUGGCGGAUCAGAAAAAUCAGAGUGGUACAAAAAAAAAGAGGAACACGCUUGCAAGACUGCUGAACACGACAGCAAGGCUUCUGGCCUCGCCCUCCAGAAGGAAAUGACCGAGUCCCACGCCGAAUUCUCGAAGAAAAUUUUGGAGGAGGAGAAGGGAAAAGCAGAGGGUUAUCAGACGAGAGUUAGAUUCCUGCGCAAAAUGUUGGCCGGCAUCGAGAAGGAAAUGUUUGGCGACGAAUAACACCCAUAUGCACUCCCGGAAGAGUGUUACCGUGCAAUCGUCGAAUUUUAUGCAUGCUCAACGUCUUCGUUUCGUCGCAGCAUUGAGGAUACGUGCGCCUCCGCAUAGACGUGUGGGUUUGGUAGGCAACAACACUUUGAGAGGAUGCUUUACGGCAACAAAGGAGUAUCAAUAAAAUAAAUAUAUUGGAAGAAGCCGAGACCGUUGUGGUUCACGGGCAAGUUGCUGUGACUGUAUUCAACGAACACGAGGAUGCGUUUUUUUAUUUCUCUCCCUGCUGCAGGGCUUGCUUGCUGCGAGGGUCGUAGCCUUCUUUUUUUUUGGGACCAGGGGGGGGGGAGGUUUCAAUUUUUUUGUUGGGCAUGGUUGAGUCAACGACUUAGUCUUUUCGUAGCAUCAUUUUUUUUAGGAUACGUGCGCCUCCGCAGAGACGUGUGGGUUGUUUGGCUGGCAACAACACUUUGAGAGGAUGCCUUGAGGCAACAAAUGAGUAUCAAGGAUAAUAUGGUUGAAAAACGCCGAAGACAUUGCUGUCUUGGGGGUAACCUGCCGUGCCGCCAAUCUGCGGACAUGCAUAUCGUUUGGUGUUUUCCUAUUUGUAAGACUUGUUCCNGCCGUGCCGCCAAUCUGCGGACAUGCAUAUCGUUUGGUGUUUUCCUAUUUGCAAGACUUGUUCUUGCAACCCAAUACUACGUUGGGUGUUGGCGGGAACUCUGAGGCACGCUUUGAUUCCGCAAUUUUGGAGCCUUGCAAUUUUUCCCAUCUCCGCGCAUGCUCACUUGAAGCGCAGGAAUGUGUUCGCGAUGGGAUUCGACAAGACCCCAAUUUUUAGCGUGUGUGUGGGUCUCCUUCAGGUCUGCAACCUGGAGCAAUGUUUCACCCACGCGACGAAUAUUUAAUACAGGGAUGCAGAGACAUCAUUAAAAGUUGUAUCAACGACAACAACGUUUUCGAUUCACACCCUCCUAUCAAUUAGGGAAAAAAAGAAAAAAAAGUCGAACAUGCCCACAUUUUUAAUGCCCUAGGCAAAACAAGCACCCUCCAAGACCCACAGGACCCCGCUUUCAUCCGCACACGAUGCAUAUUAACCAUAAAGUGUUGCCGGCACGAACACCCACAAUACGAACCAAGUGUACCAGGACACAUCUGGUCAGAACGCUCCACACCGACACCCACAAAACAUGUCAGCGAGAAACAACAUGUCACACAUCACACCCUCCACCUCUCCCCGGGAUUCGCCGACACCCUAACACCAACACCCAAAACACGUCCUUCCAGCGCCCUCCGCCCUCUACAUUGAGGUAUCUCCCUCCUGCGCCU